AGUAGUUAUAUGUAUAAGUAUUGCCGCAUAAUUCAAGCGGUUUCAAGUUUCAAGUUCAAAUACGUUCCACAGAUAGAUUAACAGUUAAAUUUUCCAUAAUUAAUAAUUAUAAAAUACUGUUAUUUUCCUCGUUGCCUACGGAAAUAUUCCAAAUUUGACCUUUUGCCGCUUCAGCGACAUACUGACAUUCCCCUUUCGUGAACUUGAACUUGGCACGUUAACCUUAUUCGCGCUGAGAGCUGAAAUAUGCUCUAAGAAACUCUCAUACAAAAUUAAACAUAUCGUCUUGCUGCCAGAACGUCCGACGAUAACGAUCAUUAUUAGAUCAGCUUGAUAACGUUGAUCGGCAUUGGCGCACAGCACACGAACGCAUAUUUCUAGUUGUGUGUGUGUAGUUUUAUUGUAACAUUGAGCAAGCAGUGAAAUUUCCUCGCUCUACGCACCGCACAGCUGUGUGAAAUGGACACCGGGUUUGGGUUUCGGAUUCGGCGUGGUUUUCGUGAUUUUCAUUGCUUGCUACUGCUACUGCGACGACGUCAGCGACAACGAUUUUAGUUAUGGUUUAGCUUUGGCUUUGGCUUGGAUUUUGGCUUCGCCUUCGCCUUUAACAUGCGGCACAGCUGCUCGAUCGGUUUCAGAUGACCACGAACGGUGAACGCGUCAAGAACUUAUGCUCACCUAUAAUCAUUAAGUGAGCGCCGAUAGUAAAGGCAGCACAGAAGCACAAUAGUUACCGAACGGUCAGACGCGAGUAGAGUAUAAAACACAUUAUAUAGCCGGCGUGGAGGCAGCUAUAGUAUUAAAAAGAAAUUAAGUCAAAUGAAAAGUGAAAACAAAUGAAAAUAAAUAAUCUAACAUUAUAUUAAGAAAACAAAAAUAGAAAAAAAAUUUCAAAUAUAUGUGUGAUUUUUUUAAAUAAAAUUUUGUACAUGUUUUUACGUGUAAUUAAUUAUAAUUUAAGUUCGUUAUUGUGUUUGGUGUUAAUUGACGUUCUUGUGAUUUUUUUUUUUUUAUAAAUUGUUUUAAACUCUAAGAAAUCCAAACGAGCCCUCGCCUACUGCAUAAGAAACCGAAAUAUUUAAUUUCCACUAACCAACGCAAUUUUAUGCUCGAUCCCAAAAUUGACGAUUACGCGUUAUAAUUUUUUUCAAAAUAUUUUUUUUUUUUAUAUAAUCAUACGAGAAUAGCAACCGGCAAAAGCCUAUACACACCAUAAGAAGCAGCAAGGAAAUAAGUAAAAAGCCGUAAAUUAAAAAAAAUAAUAAAAAUCAGUAAAAAAAAAUUAAGUUUUUGCCGAAACAGCAUUUGUAGUAUGCCAAAAGCCCAUAGAGCCAUACAACGCACAUAGGCAACAUCAUUAACAGCAACAGAGCGCACCAACAGCAGAAUAUCGACGUACGGUUAGUGGUAAUAUAGCCAGGCUUGCGCCAGGCCAGCAAGCAGCGAGCACAGUGCUGAGUUAGGGCUUGUAAAAAAUUGCAAUUGCCACUAGAAUUCGAUACAAGCGUGCGCAUCGUCACAAUGCUGAAUUUGUUGCCAUCGGUGGUGUUAAAUGCUUUGCGCGCCUUCUGGUUGCGUCUGCUGGUAAUAUGCGGUAGAACGCAUAAAUAUCGCCUGCGCGAUGGUGAAUACUUAACGCCAUCAACAGCAGAGACCAUUUCGAUCACAGCGACGACGAAGCCGAGCAGCAUAACAGCAACACAACAAUUGUCAUCACCCAACAUGGGGGCCUGGCCGUGGAAGGCGAAAGCUGAGAAGUCGGCAGAGGAUAUGCGGAAGUUGCCAAGGCCGAAAGGAUUGCCAUUAAUUGGCACGUUUUGGGAUCUAGUAGCCGCUGGCGGUGGACAACAGUUACACAAAUACAUUCAACGACGCCAUGAAGAGCUCGGUCCAAUAUUUUACGAACGUCUGGGCGGAGUACAGGAUGCCAUAUUUGUUUCAUCAGCAAGUCAAAUGCGUGCGGUAUUUCAAUAUGAGGGCCAAUACCCACGUCAUCCGCUGCCAGAGUCGUGGAUUUUAUACAACAAACAGCGCUAUUGUCAGCGCGGCUUGUUCUUCAUGGAGGGCGCCGAAUGGCUACAUAACCGACGCAUAUUAAAUCGUUUUCUGCUCGGUGGCACCAUGAAGUGGAUGGAUGUGCACAUCGAAGCGUGUACGCAGCGUUUGGUGAAUCUAUGGAAGGCGCAGGCGGCCAAAGCGCAAGGCAACUACACCGAACUGUUGGAGCUCGAACAGCAGCUCUACUAUUGGGCAAUCGAUGUGGUUUGCACCAUCAUGUUUGGCGUCUCAGCGGCAGAGAAUGCGCAUAUGGCCAAGACGAUGGACGAAUUCUCACGCAUUGUGCAUAGAAUAUUCGACACUAGUUCGGCGCUUAUGACUUUUCCACCAAAAUUGGCCAAACGUUUCAAUAUGCGUAUUUGGCGUGAUUUUGAGGCGAGCGUCGCAGCGGUGCUGAAGAAGGGUAACGAUUUGAUCGAUCUAUUUGUUGAAUUGCCAGAAGCCGUUACAAAUGGUUUGUGUGUGAAAAAUGGCGUCGACUGUCACGAUUGCAGUGGAGAUUCACUCUUCCAGAAACUCAUUUUGGCCGACAUGCCGCUGGAUACGAUUAAGCGCAUAUUUGUGGAUUUGGUUAUUGCCGCCGGCGAUACGACAGCCUACACAACAGAAUGGGCAUUUUAUAUACUCACCCAGAAUACGGAAAUGCAAGAGCGUUUGGCGAAGGAAAUGGCUGCGCAUGAUGGGCGCGGCAAUAUGCUGGUACAUGGCCUCAUUAAAGAGACUAUGCGUUUAUAUCCGAUUGCACCAUUUAUAGGACGCUACUUAGACACUGAGGCGAAUAUUGGCGGUUAUCAAAUCGAAAGAAAUAGCUUGGUGCUGCUCUCCUUGUAUACAGCGGGUCGUGAGCCCAAACAUUUCCCCGAUCCAGAGACGGCAAAACCAGAGCGUUGGCAACGCAAUGAGGAAACCGGCGAAUUACGUGAAGUCUUGCAAUCGCAUGGCUCCCUACCAUUUGCCAUCGGCAAUCGUUCGUGCAUUGGCCGACGCAUGGCGAUGAAACAAAUGCAUUGCCUACUGGCGUCGGUCAUAAGCAACUUUAAAUUGCAAUGUAACAAUACAACACCAAUUGACUGCAAGCUGCGUUUGGUAACGGUACCCGAUCAGCCAUUACGACUGGCAAUAAAACUUCGUGACAUCGCAUAGUAUUAGUUAAUACAUAUACAUAUAUACACUACACGUGUAUAUAUUCAGUAUAUCAAUAUAUAUAGAUAUAUAUAUAUAUAUAAUAUAUAGUAUAUAAUAUUCUUUGCACUCAGUUUAGAUUUUAAACACACAUACAUAUAUAAAAUAUUACGAAAUUUUAAAUAUAAAAGGAGCAUAAGAGAAUGUUAAGGACAAUAAUUAUGUAGCUAAAUAUAUAUAUAUAUAUAUAUAUAAAUGUAUGUAUAUAUAUACAGUUACACAAAUAAUGCUAGUAUAGUGAUGUAUAUAGAAAAUAGUAAUAUAAAAAUAAAUAGUCCGAAAAUGGGCGCAUGCCAUAAUGAGUAACCGAUCAGCAUGGCAAAUGUGAUGAGCCCGAGCACUUGGUAUGAGGCCAAUGGGCGCAGGCAUAUACGGGCGGGUAGACGUUCCUCACACAAUUCACUGACACCUUAAAAUGUUACAAUUUUAAUAAGUGAAUAAUUUUAGUUGUAUUAGCAAUUUGUUUAAUGUAUUAACAAAAAAAAGAACAAUAUAUAUAUAUAUAUACUAUA